AUGAUGAAGUCGUUGCUGCUCCUUGGUGCUGUCUUCUUCGGGGCUGAAGCAGAGUCCCAGGAGAUUCAGAAGCUCUUGGCUUAUGCACGUCAGCUGAAUCAGACCUUGGGCUCACUGGCUGGCCACGCCGCGAAGACGCGCCGCUUGCAACAAACCUUGACGCUUGCUCCGAUGCCUGAGGGAUGCCCAGCAGCAUGCGACGGAAUCCAAUGCGCCUACGAUGACUCACAAGCGAUCAUCAAUCAGAUCAAUGGAGGUGACCCCCUGGCCGCCAUGAGCGCCGCUGGUGACUUUCUGGGCAGUGUCUGCCUCCAUCGGACAGCGAUGACCUGCGCCGCGAGCUCCACAGAAUGUGGCAACGUGGUGGAAUCCAGCUCCCUGGCUUUUGUGCCUUGUGUUUGCGAUGCUUGCCCACAAUUUCCCAAGAUCUACGACGGCAUGGGAGCCCUGAUGACCGACCUCUCGCAGAUGUCAGGAGGCACUCCAACGGCGGAACAGCUGGAUUCCCUCCUGACUGCUUUUUGCCCUAUGUCGUCCAUUCUCGAGUGUUUGGAUUCCAACCCGGCAUGCUCAUCAGCCGUGGCAUCGAUGGGCGACGCUGGCUCUAGUCUCUCCGGAUUGGCCACCAUGCAGUCCCAGUGUGCAGCGGCCGGGAAGCCAACCUCCUAUGCCACAACCUACAGCUUCACGUCGCCGACUUGUCCUGCCCAGGAGACUAGUGGCGCGGAUGGAUUGCUGCAGCUGAACUUGCUGGCAGGCUCCUUGCUUUCCAUUCUCAGCUGAAUGUGAAGGCACCGGCAAGCCGUUGCUGAAGCAUUGGCAGGUCCCAAGGACUUGCCCUUUGCACGGCAAACCGCUGUCGAAGGAUUGGCAGGUCCAAAGGACCUUCCCUUUGCCCCUUGUCCCUUUCGGCGGGCAGCAGCGCGUUCUUUCGUCACGACGGACACCGUCGCUGUCAAGCCUCAUCUUAAGAUUACUGUUGUUGG